UCUGCAUUGAUUCCAAUUUCAACACUGGAGCAAUCGAUUUUGAUUCACAAAAUGGCAAAGCCAAUAAACUACACAUUCUAUCUGUGCCUUCUGGUCAUUGGAGUCUCUGCUCUGUGGGAAGAGAUAGCGGGGCCUUAUGAUGUCUCCUUGAGCCAUAUGACUCAUUGUGAUAAGAGAGGACCAGUUAGUUUUCUGGAGCCCUUGAAAGCAAGGAAAUUAAAUAGAACACAUUUAGUUUGCAGUGGUAUUUUUACAGUAGCAGUGGAUCUAGAUAAGAAUGUUAAAUUCAAAAUAGUAGCAGCAAACAAAGGCACAAACGGUCGUUACAAUAAUGUAGUUGAUAUUGAAUUGGAAGCCUGUGAUUUUAUAUAUAAUUUCGGCAGAAACAUAGUGAAGAGCAUAGAUAAACACUGCAACAUAACAUACGAGUGCCCACACAAGAAGUUUACUUGUGAGAUGAAAAAUUGGGUUGUCAACUACGAUUUCGUCAACGUACCUGCUCUUCCAUAUGGCGAGUAUAGACUUGAUGGUUCACUUCUCAAGCUUGAUCAAUAUAACAGAAGAGAGCUGAUAUCUUGUGCCCGAUUUUAUGGGUUUGUCACUCCAAAAAAACCUCAAUUUCAAAAGAAGACGUCAAGCAGAAACAAUACGAAGACAUAUUGAUAUUGUUGUCUAGAUUCAGAAAUUAAAUUGAGUGUAUGCAUUAUUUUCACUUAGCCUUAUCCACA